GCUUCUAUCACAACAGCAACAGAGACAUAACAGAGCAAACAACAAAAAAACAGAUACGAUGAGCGAAGCACUCGACAGAGACUACCAGAUCUGCGAGGAGAUUGGCAGCGGACGAUUUGGUACUGUUUUCCGAUGCAUCUCCCGCUCUAACGGAGACUAUUUCGCUGUCAAAUCCAUCGUCAAGAGCCUUGUCUCCGGUGACUCCCUUGACUCGCAAUGCCUCUUAACAGAGCCCAAGACCCUCCACUUCCUUUCUCCUCACCCCCACAUAAUCCAACUCCACAACCUCUACGAGGACGAAACUCACCUUCAUAUGGUAAUCGACUUAUGCUCUAAUCAAGACCUCCACGAUUUGAUAAUCACCAAUGGCGUUCUUUCAGAGAACGAAGCCAGAGUGGUUUUUACUCAACUGAUGAAAGCCAUCUCUCACUGUCAUACGUACGGCAUCGUUCAUCGAGACAUCAAGCCUGACAACAUCUUGUUUGACGAGGAGAAUACAAUUAAGGUGGCGGAUUUUGGAUCUGCCGAGUUUGUAAUGGAAGGGGAGAUGGUGAGUGGUGUAGUGGGGACACCGUAUUACGUGGCCCCUGAGGUUUUGAUGGGGAGAGAGUAUGGAAAGAAGGUGGAUGGGUGGAGUGCUGGGGUGGUGUUGUACAUAAUGUUAGCUGGAUUUCCGCCGUUUGACGGGGAAACAGCAGAUAAGAUUUUUGAGGCGGUUUUGAGGGGGAAUUUGAGGUUUCCUGCUAGAGUUUUCCAGUCUGUGUCAGCAAGUGUUAAGGAUCUUUUAAGGAGGAUACUUUGUAAAGAUGUUUCCAGGCGAUUUUCUGCUGAACAAGUGCUAAGACAUCCAUGGGUAGCGAAUGUGGCUGAUUUGACAUGAAAGGCCAAGAAAGAAAGAAGGGGCUUAGACGAGCAGACAUGCUUGUGUUGUACAGUAUAGGUAGUGCACGUACGGCAUAGAGAGAUUUGCAGCAGCGCCGGCGAGUAUCCAUCCUACUAGAUUGGUUUUCACUCAUGAAGAGGGUCCCUUUUCUUUUCUUUUUCAUUUUUCAUUAGGUAAAGAAGCUGGCUUGUGGGGAAGGAGUUUCCAUUUAUAAAUUCGUUUGUUUAUUUAUUUAACCAACGGAGGAUACUCUGUAUAUAUGAAUGAAUCGUUGCAUGAAACUGGA